AUGUCGUCUUCUUCGUGUGCUUCUCUCGAAAUUGUCCGAGUGCCAUGCUUGAGCGACAAUUACGGAUGGAUCAUUCACGAUCCUGCCACCAAAAAUACGGCCGUCGUCGAUACACCCGAAGCAAAACCCUAUCAAGACGAAUUGGCCAAACGAGGCUGGAAAUUGACACACAUUCUCAACACUCAUCACCACUGGGACCACACGGGUGCCAAUGAAGAGCUAAAGACGGACGGAGUCACGGUGGUGGGGCCCAUUGACGAAAAACCAAAAAUUCCAGGAAUUGACUCGGCCGUGGGAGCCGGAGAUGUCGUGGCAUUUGGAUCGACACAAGCCACCGUCAUGGAUGUGGGAGGACACACCAAGGGACACAUUGCCUAUUACUUUCCAGACUCCAAAUCCGUCUUUGUCGGAGAUUCACUAUUUGCACUGGGGUGUGGACGAAUGUUUGAAGGGACACCCGACCAGUUCUGGACGUCUCUCAAGGGACUGAGGGAACUGCCCGAUGAUACCACUGUUUAUUGUUUCGGUGUACUCAUGGGCGCUGUCAUGAAUGAAUGA